GAAAGGAAGGAGGAUUAACCCCUGGGCGCCUGUCUGGGCGUUUCUCCAGGCGGCGGGGGAGGAGUUCCGCCCCUCGCCCCCGCCCCGCCGCUCCUCUCCCUGACGCCCGCACUCGUGCUCCCGGAGUCGGUCUCCCGCCCAGGCCCCGGCUGCGCUCCUCGGCCCGGCACGGCACGCGGGCGGCCCGCCAGGAUGCAGGCCCCGCACAAGGAGCACCUGUACAAGCUGCUGGUGAUCGGCGACCUGGGCGUGGGCAAGACCAGCAUCAUCAAGCGCUACGUGCACCAGAACUUCUCCUCGCACUACCGGGCCACUAUCGGCGUGGACUUCGCGCUCAAGGUGCUGCACUGGGACCCGGAGACGGUGGUGCGCCUGCAGCUCUGGGACAUCGCAGGUCAAGAAAGAUUUGGGAACAUGACAAGGGUCUAUUACCGAGAAGCGAUGGGUGCGUUUAUUGUCUUCGAUGUCACCAGGCCAGCUACAUUUGAAGCAGUGACAAAGUGGAAGAAUGAUUUAGACUCAAAGUUGAGUCUCCCUAAUGGCAAACCAGUUUCAGUGGUUUUGUUGGCCAACAAGUGUGACCAGGGGAAGGACAUGCUCAUGAACAAUGGCCUCAAGAUGGACCAGUUCUGCAAGGAGCACGGUUUCGUAGGAUGGUUUGAAACAUCAGCAAAGGAGAAUAUCAACAUUGAUGAAGCCUCCAGGUGCCUGGUGAAACAUAUACUUGCAAAUGAAUGUGACCUAAUGGAGUCCAUCGAGCCUGACAUCGUGAAGCCCCAUCUCACAUCACCCAAGAUUGUCAACUGCUCCAGCUGUGCCAAAUCCUAGUAGGCUUCUUUGCUGGCAUCUGAUGGAAAUAAUCCCAGUAUCUCAUGUCUGAAUUCUUACCAAUUUGAGUAAAUGUCAGGAUGGGGAUACACACGUGGCAAGCCAAAGAUCUAUGCUGGUACCUUUCCUAAAAGAGAGAAAAAUAGCCAGUGUUCUUUUUUAUGUUUCUGCCAGCAUCAGCACAGUGUUUACAGGCUUGUUAAAUAUGUAGUCUGUCUUGUAUCCAACUGCAAUUCUGUAGGGCCAGCAUUGGCCCUGUUACUUGUUUCUUGUUUCUUGAAAUCAGCCAAGGCCUCAGGUCUUUAAGAGAAAGGGGAGAGGAGCAGACUAGCUGUCAAGUUGAGCACUGGUAUUCACUUUGCUCUGGUGCCUUUGUCCAGAUUUCAAUGCAUUCUCUGCUGGGCUGACAGGCCUAUUAAGUAGAAACAGUUUUUUUCUCCAGAGAUGACCUCCAUUUUCAACAGACCGAAGAGUUGUCUCUGAUGUAGCCCUUCAGAGUCAUGGACAUAGGUUUUCUGUGCUUUUGUGGCUUUUAUUGUCACUCGCCUUGCCCUAAAUGUUGGUUUAACUGAAAACUAUAUGAACAGACCUGUCUCCAUAUGUGCCUUUCUGCUAGCUUUCUCUGACUCAAGCUGUGGGACUCUUCUGUUCAUGUAAUAUAUAUUAUAUAUAUUUUCACAAGUGGAAAAGAAAACAUUAAAAGAUGCUGUUUCCCUAUUUCUGAAAA